AUGAAUUCACUUUUAUCUAUAUUUUCUUCGAAUACAUCUAUUUCUAAUAAUUGUCCAUCAUUAUCGAAUAUAACUCAAUUUGUUCAUGAUACUCAAUCAUUUCUUCUUCUUCUUUCUAAUAUUGAAGAAAUCGGUUGGUCAUCAGUUCGAUUAUCUUCUUCAUCAGAUAAUUCAAUUCUAACGCUUCAUCAUACAUAUAUUGAUUUAGGAGAUCGUUCACAUGAUUUAUAUAUUGAUAUAUCACAACGUUGGCCAAAUGAACGACCAUGUUGUCGUACAAAUCUUCCAGUUGAAUUUACAAUUGAAACCUGGUGUCCGAAAACAAGUCGUCUGAUAGAAGUACUCAACAAUUUUCAUUCGCUUGUCGAUAGUUUACAACCAUUCUGGGCUCAAUUAACUGAAUUAGAACGAGAUGCAAUUGUCUUAGAUACAAAACCUAUAUCAUAUUCAUCAACAACACGACGACUUAAAAUUAAUGAUAAUGUACAUAUAGAAAUUCAGAUUGAUCCAUUUAAUUCAUCGGCUUUUCCUUCGAUUACUUUUCAUGGUCCAUCUAUGCUUAUUCGAACAUUCGAUGAACGUCUCGAACAAAAUCGUAGUCAUUGGAAUGAAGCACAUUCAAAUAUAAUAUUAAAUCUUGAACAUAUACUUGAUAUAACAUUUCCAACGAAUAUUUUCUUUCAAUCAAAAUCUCAAGCGAAAGAUACUCAACAACAAGAAUGUGGCAUAUGUUAUGAAUCAACAAUUGAUCUAAAAGAAAAAACGAUUUAUUGUGAAACAAUAAAUUGUUAUAAACAAUAUCAUGAAUCAUGUUGGAAAAGUUGGUUAAGAAAAAAAGUUCCACAAAGAAAUGCUUGUGAUGUAUUAGAUAUUGUUGUUGAUGAACGAAUAAAUACAACAACAGCAAGUGGACCAUGUCUUUUUUGUAAAAAAAAUAUUAUUGUAAAUUAG